CUGCUGCGGCACGUGAUCCGUCGGUGUCAUGUGACCAACUCAAAGGUGGAGACGCUUCUUCCUGAUCGAAAGGUAAUGCAAAAAUGACCACCCAGAGGUACAACACUGUUGUUCAGGGAGAAGCCUCAGAGACUGAUUCAGAGGAAGAGGUUUAUCUGUCCUCCAUACCCCAGGCUUCAUGUCCCAACCUCUCCGGCGUAAAAAUUGCUGGGGAGGCCUCUGAAACAGAUGAGGAGGAAGAUGCUAGCCCCUGUAGGCCAAAAGCAGAGCCUAAAUUGAUCAGCACGGACUUGCCUCCACUGAUAGUUUUCAGGAAUGAGGAUCUGGGGUCCUCCACAGCGGUUGAAGAGAAGCCUGCCCUUCGUAUCAGACAUCGCGGCCGCUAUAGCACUUUGCUACAGCAGAAGCUGAUCGAGAGUAAUGCCCGCUUGUACUACGAUGUCAGCAGCACCGUCAAGCAAGUGUACCAGACUGCUAUCAAGGAGAUUGGGGCCAUAACUGGACAGCUCAGUAACUCCCAAAAUGGCAUCAUCAGCGCAUCACACAACAUCCGGCUUGUCCUGGAGGACUUGCGUGCUGUUGCAGAAAAGAUAGACAUCAUCACCAGCUGCAACCUGCUGCCUGAUAUCCAGAUAGAGCUACCUCCAGUAAACACCUAACUGGUUCUAGAACAAUAGCUAGCCAAUUAACUGCUUUUUGCAGGCAGCUAAAGGUGUUGAGAGACAGAGAGACUGCUGCAACCCUGGCCAUAAGGUGCAAUAAGAAACUGGAAUAGAAGCUUUUGACUCAAAACUUUUGAUGCCUAGUGUUUCAAUCACACUUGUAUAUCCUGUAAUAAUCUUGCCUAAAUAGUCCAGCAUGGUAGAGUCAAAGAAAAUUAAACUGCUCUUGAUAAAUCUUUUGUUGCGCUUCAAGGUAUAUUGAAUUUUUAAAGCUAAUGCUUACCAUAUUUAUACUCGCACCAACAUCUUAAAAGCUUCCAUUUCAUGUAAUGAAAAAACCUAGUCUGCCUGUCCACACAUACCUCUGUUCAUUUGUGACAUGUGAAUAGUCUGAGAAAGAGAGGUAAAGCCUGCCCACCUACAGACAUAUUUAAUGUAGGUCAGGGGUCAGCAAACUUUUUCAGCAGGGGGCCGGUCCACUGUCCCUCAGACCUUGUGGAGGGCUGGACUGUAUUUUGGGGGGGAAAUGAACGAAUUCCUAUGCCCCACAAAUAAGCCAGAGAUGCAUUUUAAAUAAAAGGACACGUUCUACUCAUGUAAAAACAUGCCGAUUCCUGGACCGUCCACGUGCCGGAUUUAGAAGGCAAUUGGGCUGCAUCUGGCCCCCGGGCCUUAGUUUGGGGACUCCUGAUGUAGGUGAUUAAACAAGUGACUAGUACAGGGUGGCUCCUUUAAAAGAGGCCCCGUGGAUACAGAGUACAUAUGUUCCACGGGGCCUCUUUUAAAAGACUCACCCUGUAAAAGCUUGUGAUCCAUGAUGAUGGUGGUGGAACGGGACUGGUUUGAAAUUAGUUGUGUCUUUAUAAAACACAAUCCUCUGGAUACAGAAGGCUGAGUAUUUGUGGAAUUCAGUGAGAGAGUUGUGUUACACCUUGCAUUAAUUGUGUGAGCUUGUUUUGUUACUUCAUACUUUCUUUUGCAGGUGGUUAUGGAUUCUGCUCAGACAAAAAUAGCACAACUAUACAGAAUAUCAUUGAAUGCUGCAGUUUCAAGUAUUCCAUCUAUCUUCAUUGGCAUUUAUUUUUUCAUCAAGGAGGCAUAUGAGCAUAAUUUACAUAACUGCAAAGUGUGAUUAAGGGUACAAAGGAAGAAGUAAAUGAUUAUCUGAAUUUGAGACAAAAAAUUCUAUCUGCUGUCCAGUUAGUAAAAUCUCCAUUCAACAUCUUUAUUCAACACCUGUAUAUUUGCAUCAGUACCAGAAAAAAGGUUUAACAGAUUUCACAAAUAUGGCUUCCCUACCCACAGGGUACCACAUUUUUUUCUGCAAGUGAUCCUUUCAUACUAUAAUUCCCAAGGUUCCUUGUAGGGAAGCCAUAAUAGUGAGCAUUAGCCUUGCAGGUCAGGUAUGCCUGACGUGGUUUGAAGCAGCGCUGAUCCACAGGGGGGAAAGGCACUACAAAAAUGUAUUUGCUUUUCUCUUUCAAUAUAGUUUAUUUAAACUGUUGUGUAAGAAGAACAGAGACUCGUCAGUACUGGACACAGGAGAGGGUCACAUCCCCAGCUAUUUCCAGGUGGUCCACCUGUCCUGAAGGGAUCCGAUGAGUAUAAUUGAAUAUCACAAUUCCAUUCACAGUCACCUGGUAGUUAGUCUUUAGGUUGGUGAUCUCCAUCUAGUGGUAGAAAGUAAGAAAUGUUUUAUUCUGAGUUUUCAAACCAUACUAAUCCACGCACAAGAGGCAUGGAGCAGGUUUUAUUCAUUAUAUCAACUUUAUUAGGGUUGCCAUACUGUUGUUGAGGGGUUUUUUGUUUGUUUGUUUGUUUUUGCAGAAUCACUUCCGACAUGGGUUGCUAUACAUCCAGAUUUUCACAGACAUCACAGUGAUUUCCACCCGGGCACUGUUUCUGACUGCCGAAUCCCGGCUAUGUCUGGGAAAUUCUGGGCGUAUGGCAACCCUAAUUUUAUACCAGUUUAAUGAUUUCCUAAAAGGAAGCAGUUUGUUGAGAGUGCCAAGAAUUCUGUCAGAUGUAUAGCACUACUUUCUAAAAGUAGAGCGCUCUCUGGGCCUCUGGUCCCAAGAAAAGUCCAGCCCCUUAGUCCCCAUUAGGCUAAUCUGGGGAGGGGGCAAUAUCUCCCUUCAUAGCUGCUUAAAAGGCAUUUUUGAGACAGAAUGCUGGAAUUGAUGGUCUGAUGUGGAAAGGCAAGUAUAAGCCAGUAAAAUGGCUAUAGGAAUACAGUAUAAACACUGCUUUCCUUGAUCAGGCCAAAGGUACACAUGGUCCUUCUUCAUGUGUUCCCACCUGCACAUGAAGAGCAGGAGUAAGUGCCAAUUCCUCUCUGCUAAAAGGGCAGGGGGCAAGGAGAGUGUUGGAAGGGUAUUUCCAAGAUCAGCUGUGGCAACUAGUACCUGCCACAGAAUGUCAGAAGCUUCUGUGUAACUGUUGCAACCUAAGUUGGUAUUGCUGAUGAGGUGUGCCUUCUGACAAAGAUCUGAAAUGUAAACCAGUGCAAAUGCUUUCCCCCAAAGGUAUUUCUUACAUGGAAGGCCUGGCCAGGGGAGAAAGGCAUGGCAGCCAAGUGCCUCUCCUCAGAGCCCCAACUGCCAUGGAUGAAGGUGUUCCGGACUACUGCUCCCUCCUUCAGUCGGGGGUUGAUGUGCAGGGCGAUGUUGCCGCUCAUUGUGUUUUUCAGGUUCACAUGGAAU